GAUCGCCGCCACCUUCCUCGAUGUGUACUUCUUCGAGCUGUCGAGCGCCGACAGGAGACGCGCUGCAGACCUGUGGAACUCGAAGAUGCUGCGCGCUUGGGGCGCUCAGCUCAGGCAUGCCUGCGUCGCCGUGGGCUGCUACAACAGCGGGGUGCAAGACCAGCGCUCCUACUUCAAUCCUGAAUUGCAGGAGCUGUGCUCGCAGAUCCGCGACCGCCAGGCGCGAGCGUUAUGGUGCCAGCUCCUUGACGACGCGGUGGAAAACGAAUGCCCCUGCCUUGCUGGGCAUGGCAAACGCUCAGAGUCUACAGCUGGGCAGGUCGGGUGCUUCCUAAGCUUCCCGAGCUACAACCUCGCCAGCGCGCGCGUCUCCGUCAUGGUCGACCGCGAUCCUGCCACGCUGGCCCCAGGCGGACUCAGCGAUCGCGCGCUGGUCGGCCUGACGACGCGGCGCAUCCAGACGGUCACCACCUCGAACAUUCUCGACGCCAAGACGCAGGCUGAGAUCGACGCUUUUGCCCUCAGCGGACUCCACGGUCGCGCAGCGGCUGCUGGCUCUCGCGCGGGACAUGGUGGAGUGGCGCCUAUCAACGUCAACGAGUUCGCCAAGGCUGCGCGCGCGGCGACUGGCAAGAUGACGGGCGAAGGUCGGGACGUGGCGCAGGAGUUCGCUAGAGCAGCGCGCUCGCCCGGUUGCCAAGCCGCUGGAGAGGCCGCUGGUCUGAGACAACAGGAGCUCAUUGCGAAGACGCGCCCGUGGCUGCCCGAGCGCGCCUCACUGGCACUGGAUGGGCUCAGGUGCGCCUCGCGGGAGGAUGAGACGGCCAGCACAUCUGGCGGGUCAAGACCCGCCUCCAGCAGCGACUCGACGGAGUCGAGCAGCGGCGUCCCCAGCAGCGAUCCGGAGGGGGCUCCAGCGGUUGGCGUCGACGACGUGUCCCGCAGCUUGCGUCGGCGCCGAG